AAUGAAUUGAAAGAAAAAGUCAUUUUCAUACCCCCCCAAACACACUCUUUCUUCUUUUAACAACUUCUACUAGUCUUGUUCAUUUCAGAUCAAUUUAGCAUGCUUUAAUAAGUACUACUAAGCUUUAAAAUUCUUUAAAUUAGUAGCAUUUUCUGGGUGUUCUCAGAAUUCUUUGUCCUAAAAACAUUACUGUUCUUUAAGGUUUUCUACUGAGGAAGUACUAAAUUCUACUUCCUCUGCUUCUACUGUCAGUCAGCUGUCUCCUAUUUUUCUUCUUUUGUUGUCAUUCUUAUGUUUUUUUGCUUCAACCCUUUCACUUACAUGUGAUUCUUGGGUAUAAUGGGUGAAGAACACGUGCCCAUUGUUCCUUCUGAUCGAGCUGUUGAACAGGCAAUAGUUGCAUUGAAGAAGGGUGCACAUCUUUUAAAGUAUGGUAGAAGAGGAAAGCCCAAAUUCUACCCUCUAAGGUUAUCCGCGGAUGAAAAGUUUUUGAUUUGGUACUCUGGUGAGAAGGAAAACCAACUGAGGUUAAGUUCAAUAACGAAUAUCAUCCGCGGCCAAAGUACUGUAAUUCUUCAGCCUGAGAUGGAAAGUCAGUGCAUAUCACUCAUAUAUGGAAAUGGCGAGCGUACUCUUGAUCUGAUUUGCAAGGAUAAAAUGCAGGCUGAGACUUGGUUUGUAGGCUUGAGAGCUGUAAUAUCCAGGACUCACCACCAUAGAGUGGUGGACCCUCUGAAAAGCAAAAAAGGCGCACACAGUUGCAUCAGUAGUCCAGCGGGUUAUAUGCGGAGGAAACAGAAUCUUGGACUUUCAGCAAAGACAAUCAGAUCCUCUCAGGUUCGCAGCUUAGCGGGGAGUCCCACUCACUCAUUUUCAGAAAGGUGUUUUACUGAUGGCUUAUCAUGUUCUUCCGACAGCUUUUUCUCGGAAUCAAGUCUUUCGAGUGUGCAUAAUGUAAUUGAGAAUGUUACAUGUUCGUCAUAUUUUGAAUCAGAUAACUUAACCCAGAAGAGAGCAUCUUGUGCUGGGACUGAAAACCAAACUGAUAUACUAACUCCAUUUAUGCCGUCCACUCACGAGUCAAGACCAUUUGGGAGGAAUGUACUGAGGGAUGUGUUUAUCUGGGGAGAAGGAGCGGAAGGAGGGUGCUUUGCGGAUGGGAAAGUGAAAUUGGAUGCUUUGUCACCCAAACUUCUGGAGUCUACUGUGAUGCUCGAUGUACAGGCAUUAUCCAUUGGUAGGAGCCAUGCUUCCUUAGUCACCAAACAGGGUGAAGUUUUUUGCUGGGGUGAAGGAAAGAAUGGAAGGCUUGGACAUAAACUCGACAUGGACACCGGAAGGCCGAAACUGGUCGACUCCCUUAAUGGGGUUCGCGUAAAAUCUGUCACUUGUGGGGAAUACCAAACAUGUGCCCUGACCUUUUCUGGUGAACUGUACACAUGGGGUGACAACUCUUUUGGUGCUGAGUUAGUAGGUGAAAAAAAGAAGAGAAGCCAUUGGCUACCUAACAGAGUAUGUUGUUCCUUGGAUGGGGUGAAAAUAUCUUAUGUUGCUUGUGGGGAAUGGCAUACAGCAAUUGUAUCAACAUCUGGACAAUUGUUCACUUACGGAGAAGGAACUUUUGGAGUUCUUGGUCAUGGAAAUCUCCGAAGUGUCGCUCAGCCCAAAGAAGUUGAGUCGCUUAGAGGUUUGUGGGUCAAAAGUGUUGCAUGUGGGCCAUGGCAUACAGCUGCAGUGGUGGAAAUCAUUGUUGAUCGUCUUAAAUUCAAUAAUUCUAGUGGGAAACUGUUUACAUGGGGCGAUGGGGAUAAAGGAAGGCUUGGUCAUCCUGGCGAGGAGAGAAAGCUCUUACCGACCUGUGUGGCGCAACUUGUUGAUCAUGAUUUUAUUCAAGUUUCCUGCGCAAGCACCCUAACUAUUGCACUAUCUAGCACAGGAAAAGUUUUUACCAUGGGAAGUGCAGUGCACGGUCAACUGGGUAAUCCAGAAGCCAAAGACAAAUCAGUAGUGCUUGUGCAAGGAAAACUUAAAGAGGAAUUUGUUACAGAGAUAUCCUCGGGAUCAUAUCAUGUUGCUGUGCUAACAUCAAGGGGAAGUGUUUACGCAUGGGGUAAAGGUGCAAAUGGACAGUUAGGACUAGGUGAUACAAAAGAUAGAAGUUGGCCAACGUUAGUUGAGGCACUGAGAGAAAGGCAGGUGGAACAUAUUGCUUGUGGAUCAAGUUCUACAGCAGCAAUAUGUUUGCACAAAUCCGCGUCUAGUACUGAUCAAUCAGCUUGUAAAGGAUGUAGCAUGUCUUUUGGAAUUACAAGAAAGAAGCAAAAUUGUUAUAAUUGUGGGUUUCUCUUUUGCCGCACAUGCUGCAGCAAGAAAACCACAAAUGCCUCUUUGGCCCCGGACAAGACUAAAGCUUUUCGAGUAUGUGAUCCAUGUCUUUACCAACUUCAGAGAAUUGCUCAGUCAAACAGGCCAUCCAAGCUUGAAAAUCGUAGUCCACGACCAUUACUAAUUACCCAAAAGGCUUUUAUUCACGAGAAGGUAGAGCAGCAAGAGGCAAAUACUACAUCAAGUCGAAUGAUGUCAACGAAAAAGUAUUUCAGUGAGAACAAUCAAUGGUUUGACAGGAGGGCUACCAACAGUUUAGGGGAAAGUACUGAUUUUGCAUCGUUGUUGGAUGUUUUUCCAAGAUGGGGACAAGUUCCUUGUCCUGAAAUCUUUAGAAGAGACUAUGGAGGACAGAUGAGAACCCAAAAUCAUUAUGCUAGAAAUUCGCUGACUUCACCUUCUCCAAAUUAUUUACAGCAGAUUAACAAAGAACCAAAAUUAGUCCCCUCUACUGGUGUAACUAUUGAGGAGAACUUGUCAGAAUCAGACAAGAUCCUGCUUGAAGAAGUUUCCAAGCUAAGAACUCAGGUUGAAAAUCUUAAAAGGUUAUGUGAAACAAGAAAGGAGAAAAUUCAAGAACGUCAACAAAAAGUUGAAGAAGCCUGGUCAUUGGCUAAAGAGGAAGCUUCCAAGAGUAAAGCAGCAAAGGAAGUUAUAAAAGCUUUGACAUCACGGCUGCAGACAAUGUCAGAAAGCUUUUUUGCUGGAAGAGGAACUAAUGAUCAAGCUGCUGCAAAUGUACUGCAGACUACAUCAACGUAUUCAGAUAGCCAAAAUCAUAUAACUGGACAUCAAAUUGUUGUGCCUACAUGUGUGCCUCUUGCAAAAGCACAACCAGAAGACAAAAGCGUUGAUAGCAUAUGUAGUUCUCCGAUUGUGUUCUCUAGUACUUUAAGAUCCUUCUAUAACAAAGAGAACAAUGUGGAAUCCAGAUCAGCAGAAGAAUCAUAUAAAGGAGCCGAUCAUGGCCAAGUUGAGCUCAGAACAUCUAAAGGUGAAUGGGUGGAACAGUAUCAGCUUGGUGUCUUCAUUACAUUGACAGUGCUGCCAAGUGGAAAGAAGGGACUCAAGCGAGUCAGGUUCAGUAGGAAAAAGUUUACGGAGAAGGAAGCAAAGAAGUGGUGGCAAGAAAACCAGCUUUCUGUCUACAAAAAAUAUGAUAUUGAAGGAUAUGAAAAUCUGAACCAAGACUUGCUGAAGAAGUAGCAGUUCCCUUUUCCUCCCAAUGUAAAUUGCACAUGAUUACAACAGUGGUUCAUGUUAUUGAAGGUAUUUAAUCGCUCAAUGUGCUUAACAUAUGAGGAGAGAAGAAUGCAAUUUUGUAUUGCCAAUUGAAUAUGGAUGGACAAUCAUAGAUAAUUUUUACAUUCAGUUUAUA